UAAACUGAUCUUUAUCGAAUUAUUCGAAUUUUUUUUUGUUAAUAAUCGAAAUAUUUUUUUCUCGAUUUUUCUUUUGAAAUUACAUGUAUAAAACUGGCUAUGGUUGACGAAAUUUUUAGGGUAAUUCUAUUUGAUCGUUUGUGUGUUUGUCUCUUGUUAAUUUUAUAUUGUUUUGUUCGAGGUCAACACAACAACAAUGAUGACCAACUCGAAUUGCCAAUGCACCAACGCCCGAAUUUUGAUUGAAGGAUAUCGUUUACCGAUGCCUAUUGAAUUUAGCCAAAUGGAAGCAAUCAAGCAGAAUUUAUGUGUUUGUGAGGUGCCUUCAACUAUACGAAAAAAUAUCUAGAUUUUUGUGAACGUGAAUCUCGAAAAUCAACAUUGAUUCGAUUGUUGCAGGCAAAUUAUAAAAAUAUUGAUGAAAAUCCAAAUACCGAUAGAAAAGAAGAACUACCAUCCGAAGUAUUGGAAGAAAUGAAAAAAUUUGUCAUCGAAAUUCGACGUCAUGAACGACAACUACCAUGCUUAUCUGAUGAUUUUGAAUGUUGGUCAGAUUACGUUGAUUAUCGACAAAAGCAACAAUCGAUGUUACCACGGUCGGCGAUUCGUUUACCAUCACAAGUCAUGUCACAAUUACUGACUACAAAUCGACCAUCAUUCAUGCUUGAAUUGAAUGAAUAUUAUAUACCGAUACCGGAAGAUUUUAUCGUUUAUUUCUAUUCCGAUAUACAGAAUCGUAUAAUUGCCGAAUUACCAGAAACAAUUCGAUCAAUUUAUUUGAAUAUGCUUUGGCAAUAUGGCCAUCAACAAGAAUUAAUUUCCAUUAUGUGUCUGAAAAAUUCCGAACUUUGUGAUUUAUGGUGUCCAUCGAUCGAAAUCGAUGGCUAUAGUUUACCAUUGCCACGUCAAUUUAAUGAGAUGACUUUCGAUCAACAGCUUGAAUCGUUGAAAAAUCUACCUGAAUCAAUACACGAAAAUUAUAUGAAAAUUUGUCAAAACGAUGCAAAACUUCAAUCGGCCAUUAAUUUGAUUAUAGAUGAAUUACACGCGGAAAAAGAUUUUCGACAAUCGAAAUCUGAAACUGAUUCAAACAUAAAGAUAGAGAUCAAUAUAAAUGGUCAUCAUUUACCAUUGGUAAAAGAUUUUAAUCGUUGGUCAUGUCAACGUCGUAAACAAUUGUUACGUAAUCUGCCUGAUAAUGUACGUGGACGAUAUUUGAAUCUAAUCUGGCAAGAAGAUAUAGGCAGUCGAUUAUGUGCUGAAUCACGAACACUUUAUCAACCAUUUUGGGCAUAAUGGGUGAUUAUGAUUUAUGAUGAUUACCAUUAAGUUCGUCAUUCAGUACAACAUUAUCAUUAUUCACACUUUACCUUUUAUUAUAAUUUCAUUUGUCAGAAAGAAAAUGAAAAUACCAUCACUGAAAAUCGAUGCGAAAUAGUUACAAUAAAUAUAUUUG